UACAUUCUCCACACCACCAUGAGUUGCUCAUCUCUCCACCCAAUCAUCACUAGCUAAUACGGUGCACUGUUAGCUACAGACCAAGAAGUGAUCAUGGCCCGCGCUCAGGUAAUGCUCAUGGCCGUCGCCUUGGUGCUGAUGCUCGCGGCGGUCCCGCGCGCUGCCGUGGCCAUCGACUGCGGCCACGUUGACAGCUUGGUGAGACCCUGCCUGAGCUACGUUCAGGGCGGCCCCGGCCCGUCUAGGCAGUGCUGCGGCGGCGUCCAGACCCUCCAUAACCAGGCGCAAUCCAAGAGCGAUCGCCAAGCCGCUUGCUACUGCCUCAAGGAUAUCGCUGGUCGCAUCCACAAUCUCAACAAGGACAACGCCCGCAGCCUCGCCCCCAAGUGCGGUGUCGACCUCCCAUACCACAUCAGUCUCGACAUCAACUGCAACAGUGUGUAAUGAGCGACGAUCCGUCAAGCUGGUGCUCAGCUCAUCCAUCCACGUGGAGUUGAAGCGCGCAGCCUCUAUCCCUAUGUAGUAUGGGCACUAGUUAUGCGAGUUUAUACUGAAUAUGAAUAAGAACUCUCUCCUGCUGGCUUGCUGGUACUCCUCUGGAGGAGAUCAGUAUCUGUGUACCUGAGAGUUAAGAGUUUGUACCAUGGGCACUCCCAGUGUUUAUGGACUUUUAUACAUACAGCUCGUUCUGUUCAGUGCGUGA